AUGUCAAACACUGGUCCCUUGGUUGACCACACUCUUGGAACCAGCAACGGAUGGUACAUGUAUGUGGACUCGCGUAACGGCACGUCGUAUGACCUCGCGACCCUGCGCAGCGAGACGCUGCAUAACUCCGGUGGUCAAUGCGAGCUCAGCUUCUGGUACCACAUGUAUGGCACCUACAUCGGUAUGCUCUCGGUCGUGAUCCGUUACGGCACCACUGAACUGUUGGUCUGGCAGCUCUCCAACAACCAGGGUGACAGCUGGACGCAGGCAGUCGUCAACGUCGGCCGCAUCCCAGCGACCUUCAACAUCGUGUUCAAGGCCAAGCGGUCGUACAUGAGCGGCGGCGACAUCGCCAUCGACGACAUCGAGCUGGCCAGCUGCGCGCUGCCACCCGUGGCGCCCUCGUGUGGCGACGACGAGCUGCGGUGCGCGCGCGGCGCGUGCGUGCACGAGGAGGACGUGUGCGACUUUGCCGACGACUGCGGCGAUGCGACGGACGAGGCGGCCGCGCUGUGCGCCACCUACGACACGUGCGACUUUGAGCGCGCGAGCUUCUGCAACUGGACGCACGCCGCGGGCGGCAACACGACGUGGCAACUGAACAGCGGCUCGACAUCGUCCAGCAGUACCGGGCCGCUGGUUGACCACACGACCCGGUCCAGCACGGGCAUGUACAUCUACGUGGAGAGUUCAAAUCAGCCGGUCAACUCUACGGCGGCGAUAAAGAGCAUUGGGUUCAAGUCGGCCGGUCAGACGAGCAGCUGCUACUUCCGGUUCUACUAUAACAUGUACGGUGGGAAGAUGGGGAGUCUUACCGUUUACCAGGUGUCAUCUGCUGGUAAGAUGACCUCGGUGUGGGAGAGAUCGGGAAAUGCUGGCCCAACCUGGCAUCGUGCCUCAAUCAAGCUGACAGAAUCUGACAGCUUCCAGGUGGUCGUCGAGGCGCGCCUGGGUUUCCCAUACACGAGCGACACAGCCGUCGACGACAUGAGCUUCUCGCCCGGCUGCGAGCCGCUCGACGGUGGCUUCACGACGGUGGCGCCGGUGUCCUGCGACGCGGCGACCGAGUUUGCGUGCGCGAACGGCAUGCAGUGCGUGCCGCUGGGGCAGCUGUGUGACUUCGCGGCACAGUGCUCGGAUGGUUCCGACGAAGCGACCUGUGGCGAAUGCGACUUUGAGGGCGAUGCAUGUGGAUGGAAGGACGUCAGUACAAAGGCAUAUAAGUGGGUGUGGACGACCGCCCAGGAUAGCAUGGCAGUAAACAAACCACCCAGCGAUCAUACACUUGGAAUGGCACAGGGACACUACAUGCUAGCUGACGGAAGCCUUUCAGGAAAUUUGGUCACAUAUGCCACGAUGCAGACGCCAGUGUUCCAAGAAGUGCCACUCACAUGCAUGGUUCAGUUCUACUACUACCUCAACGGUGGAACCUAUGGUUACCUCGACGUGUAUAUUGCCAAUGCUACUCAGCCGUCAUCUAGGUCACUGUUGUUCUAUGAUUACGUAACAAGUUCGGCGUGGCGAGAGGUUGUGGUGGACAUUGGCGGCUACCCUUCUGGAAAAAUGUUACAGCUUGAAGUUUUCACAUUAAAUGAUGUGAGCACAUCCACCUCAUUCCCUGGAGGUACGACUCCAUACCCUUGGAUUCCGAUAGAUGUUGCCAUCGACGAUGUCAGUUAUAUCAACUGCACAGUGGGUUUUAGAAAUCCAGACAUUAACUGUACAUUCGAUGAUGGUUGGUGUGGAUGGUACAGAGACCGAACUUAUUCACAAUUUGACUGGAUCAGGACAUCAGGUGUUACAGGCUCCGUUAAUACAGGCCCUACUACUGACCAUACUACUGGCUCAGGCUACUAUGUAUACAUAGAGACCUCUACCCCUCAAAAGGCUGGUGACAUAUCAUGGUUGAUAACGACACUCCAAGAUAGCAUACCAACUGCAGGAGCAUGUCUGCGCUUCUGGUACCACAUGUUUGGCGAAAACGUAGACACUCUCAACGUCUAUUACAAUCACAAGGACACGAACGUGCUUAUAUGGUCGCUGACAGGGAACAAAGGAAAUCAAUGGUGGCCUGGUCAAGCCUGGUUUGCUCCAAGUGGUGAAUACUAUCUUAUUAUGGAAGGAGUGGUUGGAAAUGGUUACAUGGGUGACAUUGCACUGGAUGACAUACUGGUGACACCUGGAAACUGCCCCACAACAAAAAUAUGCCAUUUCGAGGUUGACCUUUGUGGCUGGACGUCUGACAGUACGGGAGAUUACAAGUGGAAACGAGGGCAAAAUGGAAGCUCCAUCCUAGGGACAGGACCUGAACGUGACCACACCACCAAUACUACCAAAGGUUACUUUGUGUACGUUGACCCCCUCGACAAUGACCCCCACAAGAAAGGUCGUCUGGUCAGUCCCACAUACGACUAUACAUCUACUGCUGAAUGCCUUGACUUUUGGUACCACAUUACAAACAAUACAGGAGUGCUAAACGUUUACAUAAAGGAGAACAACCAAAUUGGGUCACCCCUCUGGUCACUCUCUGGUGACCAUGGAAAUAUGUGGAGAUUUGCUAUGGUGAACCUAAAACCAAAGUCGGGCUCUUUUCAAGCUGUGAUUGAGGGCGUGAUUAGUCCUAACCCGAACAGGGAGGGCACGCUUGCCGUCGAUGAUGUGUGGCUAGACAGCAGUCCCUGUCCGCCCAUGGGCAGCUGCACAUUCGAGCGUCAUGUAUGUACGUUCUACAACGACCGCAGCAGUGCCACCAUGGAUUGGCUGCGCACUAAUGGACAAACCACAAGCUUUUACACCGGACCCAGCAUUGAUCACACACUCGGAACGGCCCAGGGCUACUACAUGUAUAUUGAGACGUCAACACCAGCAUCGAACGGUGACAAUGCUAUCAUGCUCACUGAAUACAUGCCAGCCACUGACACUGGAACCUGUCUCAGUUUCUGGUACCACAUGUUUGGACAAGAUAUAGGCAGAUUAACAGUAUACCUUCUGGAUGCUGGUACAGACUGGGGGAAUGGCCAGUCUAUAUUCAACCUAACUGGUGAACAGGGAAAUGUAUGGGUGAACAUCAAUGUGACCAUCAUUCACAAUAAGGAAUUCCAGAUUGCAUUCGAGGGAGUUGUAGGAAGUGGUUACAUGGGGGACAUUGCACUCGAUGAUGUGUAUUUCUACGAUGGAGUUUGCCAUGGUCAGGCGACACCCACCACCACUGACUAUUCACCAACCACCGUUACCUUUCCUGCAUCUCAAUAUGACUGUGAUUUUGAGGGAAAUACCAAGUGCUCAUGGACAGAUGACCCGACUGGAGAUUUCACCUUUGCGCUACAGCAGGGCAAUACUGUCUCCGUGUCCACAGGCCCUUCAACUGACCACACUACCGGCACAAGUUCGGGAUGGUACAUUUACAUUGAGGUCACUGGCGUGGCAAUUGGCUUUAAAGCACGCCUCCUAAGCGACCUCGUAAACAUCAACACAGCUGGGAAAUGUGUAAAGUUCUGGUAUCACAUGUAUGGAGCAGAUGUUGCCACACUAAGCUUGUAUGCCAGGCAAGAUCCCGACGUGUUGGGCGAUGCCAUCUGGUACAAGGACGGGAACCAGGGUGAUGCGUGGAUGUAUGGUCAGGUACACCUCAGUGACCUUGGAUCCCGGCGUAUCGUGUUUGAAGCCAUGGCUGGUGCGAAUUUCUUGGGGGACAUCGCCAUCGAUGACAUCACAGUAAAUGAUGGAGACUGCCCGCCACAGGAUGCGUCGUGUGACUUUGAGAGUUCCGACAUGUGCGGAUACAAGCACGACGUUACCAGCGAUUUCAAGUGGAGGUGGAAUCAAGGCCAUGCCGGUUCCUCCGGCAGUGGCCCCUCGGCAGAUCACACUUAUGGCACCAGCUUUGGUCACUACGUCUAUAUUGAGACGUCAGCUCAGGUGGCUGGCGAGACCGCGCGUCUCAUCUCUGGCCCUCAUGCGCAGACGGACGGCAAGUGCCUGAAGUUCUACUACCACAUGUACGGUGACCACGUCGACACACUGAACGUCUACCUCAAGCAGUCGGCCGCACUUGGACAGCCCGUGUGGACGAUGUCCGGUAACCAGGGUGACACCUGGUUCCACGGCAUGGUCGAUGUGAAGACUCCGAUCACGUACCAUGUUGUGUUUGAGGGUGUCGUCGGGGCAAGCUCCAAGGGCGACAUUGCCCUCGAUGACAUCAUACUGAUGAGUGGCGACUGCCCACCGCCUGGCACCUGCGAUUUCGAAUAUGACACGUGCGGCUUCACUAAUGUCAUCCCUGGAGCAGACUUCUCCUGGAUACGUUGGCGCGGUCCCACGCCAAAUUAUGGCAGCGGUCCGCACGAGGAUCAUACCCUCGGUGCUACAGGCACCUACAUUAUCGCGAGCUCCGACUACCCACAACUGAGUGGAGAUAGAGCAUUGCUUAAGUCGACUGAAUUCACAGGCGGCACGAAACGAUGUCUGGUUUUCUGGUAUUACAUGUAUGGUGCUUACCUGGGCACCCUAAACAUUAUUGUGAACACUAUUCCUGGCAAGAACACAACUGUGUGGAGCAAGACUCAUGAGCAAGGACCAGUCUGGCAUCUAGCUGAAGUUGAUCUAAAUAUUGCUGAGAACUACGUCAUCAUCUUUGAAGGAAUCAUAGGUGACACCUACAGCUCGGAUAUUGCAUUGGAUGACAUUAGCCUGCAUGACAAGACGUGCAACAAAACAGUGCUGCCGCCUACAACCUUCAAAUGUGUGAGCAAUGGUAUCAUCUUGUCUGCAGACAAACAAUGUAACUUUGAUAUAGAUUGCCAGGAUGGAUCGGAUGAAGUGGAAUGCGGUGACUGUGACUUUGAAAAGGACAACUGCCGAUACACGGAGGAGAGUUAUGGGGAUUUCCAAUGGCAUCGUGGCCGCAAUGGCUCUUAUUCUGCCAACACUGGCCCAUCAGUGGAUCACACACUUGGCACUAGCCUAGGAUGGUACCAGUACGUUGACUCGCGUAACGGCACGUCGUACGACCUCUCCAUGCUGCACUCGCCCUACCUCCACAACGCCGGCGGUCCGUGCCAGCUCGUCUUCUUCUACCACAUGUACGGCAGUUCCAUCGGCACCCUGCUCGUUGUGCUCACCACGGGCUACCGCGAGACUGUCAUCUGGGAUGAGUCGUACGACCAGGGCGACGUCUGGCGGGAGGGCAUCGCUAACGUCGGCCGCGUGCCCGCCGAGUUCAGGCUCGCGUUCAAGGGCAAGCGAGGCUACGCGGCGACAGGCGACAUUGCGAUCGACGAUGUGAGCCUGCGCUACUGCGACGUGCCACGCCCGCAGCCGACGUGCCCCCCGGACAGCUGGCGCUGCGGCAGCGCACGAGGUGGCUGA